AUGAGUAAUGAAGGAAUGAGGGUGUGGGUCUUUAUCAGGUCAACCCCCUGCUCAUCCAAAAACUAACUGGAAAUAGAGCAAGCAGCUUGGCUGGCUCCAUAAGAGAUUAAAUGGUGGGAAUCUGUGAGAAAAUGAGCUCCUGCCUUAGAAAUAGGAGCCUCACAGCCAGUCCCAGCUACACCCUGGGCUGGGAAGGCAAGAAAACUAUCAUGAAGUGUCUUCAUUAGGCCUCAGUGUCUUCAUCUGUCUUUGUCUUGAUUGGGGGGUGGGGGGUCCAGGUUUAACACACUUGGAUUUGGUCGUCAUGGGUAGCUUCCUGGGGGAAGGAGUGUCUACCACUGACCAAGGGUGGGGAAUUGUGGGAUAAUUUUAGGGUUUUAUUUCUCCCACAUAAUGAGAAUUGCUUCGGCAACUCAAAGGAGUCUGGGCUGAGGUUUCCUGGACUUUUCUUCAUGGCCACCCUCUGACCCCAAGAUGACCACCAGAGCCCCACCCAAUCAAGAAGAGGAGAAUGGGACGGGGAAGGGUCAGCUCAGUCAUCCAUUUUGAAGGAGCAUUGUGGUUGCCCCUGCCCUCACAAAUCCUGCUUACAUUUUAUUGGUCAGAAUUGUGUCACAUGACUGCCAUAGCUGCAAGGGAGUCUACAAAAUGGUGUAGCUUGGAACACGUCCAUCUCAAAUCAGGUUCUUUCUGCCUUUACAAAAUAACCCCUCCUCUGCAACUCUUUCCCUCCAGGACCGGACGCAACUCUCUCCCACGCUACCAAAAAGCCCACUUGAGGCAGCACAAGCUCCAGGGCCUUAGGCCCUCACAAAACAUUUGGCAAAGUCUGGACAUUCAGGUCAAAAAUCUGACACACCCCCCACGCAGUAAAAACACAAAAUCACGUCCCAGGUGGGGCUAAGGUAAGGAAGAGGUGCAGCAGGAUGCACGGGGCACACAGCGGGGGUCAGCGCUCACAGCGCACCCCAAGAAGACCUCCUUUGCGCACACUUGCCUGGCGGGCAGUGACCCAGCACUCACCCCGGGGCGGGGGACAGGGGUGAGCCGGCGGAGGGGUCCAAGAGCGGCUGGCUGCGCAUGCGCACUCCCUCCCCGCCCAUCCCCACCUCGCCCCAUACCCCCAGCUGGGACCAACGUCUCAUUCCCUGUCAGUCCUGUCAGAGCAGCAGAGGGUUCGGGUCCCAGCGCCACUGGCCUUCCCGGGACACAGGGCCUGCUGUCCACAUCUCUUCCCUGAGCUGCCCACUUGGGGCCAUGGCGCUGCCAACAAAGCCUAGCAUGAUUGAUCUGGGCCUGGGCACCUGGAGCCCUAGCUCCCAGGAGCAGAGCCACAGGGCUCGGGCACCCUCCAGGGGUGUUGGCAAGCAGCUGCCUGAGUACAAGGCCGUGGUAGUGGGCGCGAGUGGCGUGGGAAAGAGCGCGCUGACCAUCCAGCUGAACCACCAGUGCUUCGUGGAAGACCACGACCCUACCAUCCAGGAUUCCUACUGGAAGGAGAUGGCCCUGGACCAUGGAGGCUGCAUUCUGAAUGUGCUGGACACGGCGGGGCAGGCCACUCAUCGGGCCCUGCGUGACCAGUGUGUGGCGAUUGGGGAUGGUGUGCUGGGUGUCUUUGCCCUCGAUGACCCCUCGUCUCUAGCCCAGCUGCAGCAGAUGCGAGCCACCUGGGGCCCGCACCACACCCAGCCCCUCGUCCUUGUGGGCAACAAGUGUGACCUUGUGACCACCACCGGAGAUGCUCGUGCUGCUGCUGCAGCCCUCGCAAAGAGCUGGGGAGCCCCUUUUGUGGAGACCUCAGCCAAGACACGCCAAGGUGUGGAGGAGGCCUUUUCCCUGCUCAUCCAUGAGAUCCAAAGAGUCCGGGAGGCCAUGGCAAAGGAGGCCAUGGCAGGGCCAGGUGGGGAUAAAGGCCGGCACCAGAAGGCCAUGUGCCGCUGUGGCUGCUCUGUGGCCUGAAGUUCUUGGUCUAGAAAAGUGGACCCUCCCCCAGACCAGGGUG